CCCGGCCGCUCGCUGGCGGUGGGGGCCGCUGCGGCUCCUCUGCCGGGUCGCGCCGGAGGACGGGCUUCGGGCGGCGGCCCGGGCGGCCUGUGGACUGACCGGUGGGCCGAGGUGCAGGCCCCGCACCCGCCGUCUCCCCUCUUACCGGCCCCGGGCCCGCGCCAUGGCUGCUUCGCCCGGCUCGGGCAGCGCCAACCCGCGGAAGUUCAGCGAGAAGAUUGCGCUGCACACGCAGCGGCAGGCCGAGGAGACGCGGGCCUUCGAGCAGCUCAUGACCGACCUCACCCUGUCGCGGGUUCAGUUUCAGAAGCUUCAGCAACUGCGCCUUACACAGUACCACGGAGGGUCCUUACCCAACGUGAGCCAGCUGCGGAGCAGUGCCCCUGACUUUCAGCCGGCGUUCCACCCAGCUGACAGCGUGCGGGGAACCCGCCACCACGGGCUGGUGGAGAGGCCGUCCCGGACCCGCUUCCACCCCCUCCACCGCCGGUCUGGAGACAAGCCAGGACGACAGUUUGAUGGUAGUGCGUUUGGAGCUACUUACGCUUCGCAGCCCCUGGAUGAGAGCUGGCCGAGGCAGCAGCCUCCUUGGAAGGAAGAGAAGCACCCUGGGUUCCGGCUAACAUCUGCACUCAACAGGACCAAUUCUGAUUCUGCUCUUCACACAAGUGCUCUGAGCACCAAGGCCCAGGACCCCUAUGGAGGAGGGGGCCAGUCGGCCUGGCCCGCCUCAUACAUGGGUUUCUGUGAUGGUGAGAAUGAUGUCCACGGGGAAGGUGUGCCCUUCCCCAGCCCGUUGAAGGAAGAGAAUCUGUUAAAUGUUCCCAAGCCGCUGCCAAAACAGCUGUGGGAGACCAAGGAGAUCCAGUCGCUGUCAGGACGCCCUCGAUCCUGUGACGUUGGAGGUGGCAGUGCUUUUCCACACAAUGGUCAAAACAUAGGCCUCUCACCCUUUCUGGGAACCCUAAACACUGGGGGAUCAUUGCCAGAUCUAACCAACCUCCACUACUCAGCACCCCUGCCAGCCUCCCUGGACACCAGUGACCACCUCUUUGGUAGUAUGAGUGUGGGGAAUAGUGUGGGCAACCUUCCUGCUGCCAUGACUCACCUGGGCAUAAGAAGCUCUUCUGGUCUCCAGAGUUCUCGGAGCAACCCUUCCAUCCAGGCCACGCUCAAUAAGACAGCGCUUUCCUCUUCCCUCAAUAGCCACCCACAGGCAUCCGCUCCCAGCGCCUCUGCCCUUCACCCUUCACUCCGCCUCUUCUCCCUCAGCAACCCAUCUCUUUCCACCACAAACCUGAGCGGCCCCUCUCGGCGUAGGCAGCCUCCUGUCAGCCCCCUCACACUUUCUCCUGGCCCUGAAGCACAUCAAGGUUUCAGCAGACAGCUCUCUUCAACCAGCCCACUGAACCCAUAUCCUGCCUCACAGAUGGCUUCCUCAGAUCGAAGUCCACUCUCCUUCUUGCCCACAGAAGCCCAAGCCCAGGUGUCCCCCCCACCCCCUUACCCCACACCCCAGGACCUCCCCCAGCCUCUGCUGCAGCAGCCCCGGGCCCAGGAGCCGCCUGCUCAGCAGCCCCAGGCAGCCUCCUCGCUGCCCCAGUCGGACUUCCAGCUCCUCCCAGCCCAGGGCUCAUCUUUGACCAGCUUCUUCCCAGAUGUGAGCUUCAACCAGCCGUCCAUGAGGCCAGGCCCAGCCUUCACUCAGCAGGUGCCCCUGGUACAACAAGGUGCCCGAGAGCCACAGGACUCCUUUCAUUUGAGACCAAACCUGUAUUCCAACUGCGGGAAUUUCCCAAACACCAGCCUGACAGAAGACUCGAGCACCAGCCUGUUCAAAGACCUCAGCAGUGCUCUGGCAGGCAUGCCCGAGGUCAGCCUGAACGUGGACACUCCAUUUCCACUGGAGGAAGAGCUCCAGAUCGAACCCCUGAGCCUGGACGGACUCAACAUGUUAAGUGAUUCCAGCAUGGGCCUGCUCGACCCGUCUGUGGAAGAGACGUUUCGAGCUGACCGACUGUGAACAGAAGGGAACCGAGCAGGAGAACUUAUUUCUGAAACAGCUAAAAUAGCACGGACUAGAAUGGAGCCAGCAACACCCCUGGGCUUUAGGUAUCUUGGGCUUCUGAUGUGGAAGGAACCAAUUGCCGGGCUCCCGGCUUGCAGGCGAGGUCCCUCUUGUUGGCCGCGCCUUUUUCUAGGCCACAGAGCUGGGCGCCUGCCCUCAGGCCUGCGGCUCGGGUCCUAUGGCUGCAGGUGUGCUAUUCUGGGGCUUCCAAUGAAUCGGUUAUUACUG